UUACGUUAUAAUGUAGAUUCAUAGGACGGGUUUAUUUUUCAUUACGCGCUAUAAUGAGAAUUGUGAAAGGAUCAGUUUUGUAAAAGAAAAUAAAGAGGAGGAAGGGGUAGUUUUACAAAUUUGAAGGGGGGAAGGGCUUCCUAACCCCCAUUCAUCGUUCUUAGAUUUCGGAAGAAGAAAUCAACCCGAAAAGCAGAGAAUAUGGAGAGGAGGGUGAGAGAGAAGGGUCUCGGAUAUCUGUUGGCGGCUCUUCUUCUGUUGAGCCUAAUUGCCGGAAUCGAUUCCAUUUCGGUCACUGUGAACGAGAUUGAAUGCGUCUAUGAAUACGUAUUGUACGAAGGCGACUCUGUUUCUGGGAAUUUUGUAGUCGUCGAUCAUGACAUUUUCUGGGGUGCCGAUCAUCCCGGCAUCGAUUUCACUGUUACAUCCCCCGCAGGUAAUGUGGUACAUUCUUUGAAGGAGACAUCUGGUGACAAGUUUGAGUUUAAGGCUCCUCGCAGUGGAAUGUAUAAAUUCUGUUUUCAUAAUCCCUACUCGACUCCAGAGACAGUUUCUUUCUACAUUCAUGUUGGUCACAUUCCCAACGAAAAUGACCAUGCUAAAGAUGAACAUCUAGACCCCAUAAAUGUUAAAAUUGCAGAGCUUAGAGAGGCAUUGGAGUCAGUCACUGCUGAGCAGAAAUAUCUGAAAGCACGUGAUGCACGCCACCGUCACACAAAUGAGAGUACAAGAAAGCGUGUAAUUUUCUAUACAGUGGGAGAGUAUUUGUUGCUUGCUGUUGCAAGUGGCCUUCAGGUCAUUUAUAUUCGUAGGCUCUUCAGCAAGUCGGUUGCGUAUAACCGUGUCUGAGCUUCCAUCCCAGUGGUAACAUUAUUGUCUCGUUGUUAGGCUUCAGGAACUUUAGGAAUGAAUUAUAAACUAUCAUUUGUUGAAAAAAUUUCAUUGGUAUGUUAUACAAUCGCUUUUGACUA